AGUAAACAGGAAAUAGCGGCUGUCCUUCCCAUGGAGACGAGGGAAGGACUCUCGUCUUUUCCCGAAUGCCUCGCUGAGAGUUUGACAUGUUUCCUCACAUUACUACAUAACUACCAUUGAAAGAAGGUGUGUUUUGAGAUGAACACACAGCCACAUGGCAUUCGCAGCAGGCCACGAAGUUAUAUCAGGUUAGGUUAGCUGCUGGGACUAGCUUCAAGAUGUGGAGCCGCGGGGGUCGAAGUUCAGCCCUGGACCGAGCCGAGGCGCUGCUCUCCGGGAAAAGAACCGGCAGAAGUGCCGCUCCGUCUGCGGAGCAGUCCGGGAGAGAGGGCCCUGCUGCCAAAACACCGGGACAUUCAGGUGCCAUCGGUGGCCCUGUCAAAAACAGAUCUGCCCCUGCAAAUACACACACUUUAUUCCUAGACCUGAGUGAUCUAUCUCCAGUCAACUCAGUCAGUGAUCAUGGAGAGGGCACGGUGGUCCGUGCCGCUGAGAGGUCCCGGGGAGGAGAACGGGAUUUGUCAAAGGAUCCUCGACCUGAGACCUCUCUGGGAGGAGGGGGACUCAGGUUUUUGAAGAAAGUCCCGCCGCCUACAGCCAGCAGCCAGUCCCCAACUAUCAGUAGGAGCCAAGUGCAGCAGUCGACUGAGCCCAGCUAUGUGUCGUCGUCUUGGCGUGGCUCUCAGAGCGCUGCCUUGAACAGACUGGCUUUGAUCGAGGAUCGCAUCCGCCGCCGCAAGGAGUCCCAGAUCGACACACAGGCGCAGAGCCAGGCUGAGGAAGGAGCGAAGCCUGCCCAGAAAAUAGCCUCUGGCCCGGGACUCUCACCCCAACCACCAGGCCCUCGGUCACUGGAGGGCCCCUUGCUGCUCUCAGCCCAGUCCAGCAGCGACCUCAGCCCAAAGGGAAAAUCUUUCAUCAAGAAAACAGGAGCUGGAGCCGCUGACAGCCGCAGCUCUGUCACUGCUGCUGUGACUGCCAAAGGCUCAGAUGUCAGUGUGAAGACUCGCACUGCAGACACAGCCAUACUGUUUGACAGGUCCAGAGCUGCCAGUCUUUCGGAUGUGAAGACAAAGACGAGGAGUGCAGUGAGCGGUGUGAAUCUGGACAGUGAUGAGGAGGACAUGAGGAAACUGCUGGGAGAGUCGCUGGAUUCAACAGAGGAUGGCCUGUUAAGACAAGGGAGAACCUCCUCCAUGACAGCCGCAGGAAAGCUGCUGAACAAAAGCAUUGAGAAAAUGUCUCCCACACCUCCAACGCAAGUCCGUCCCCCGUCGUCCUCCAGAAGAGCUUCCUCCCGCUCCUCCAUCUCCUCUCUUCAACGUCGGUCUCCUUUCCGCUUCUCCGGCCAGGCUCACGUCCAGUUUAGCCCGUCUGCACUCUCCCUAUCCCCUCCUCCUUCAGGCGGGCCGAGCUCCCCUCCCAGGACAGAGAGUCCACCGCGCUCCCUCUCCUCGAUGUCGGGCCGCAGUGUGGUGCUCUCUCUGGAGGAGCUCUUCCCCGUGGCUCCCGCCUCAGAAGAUUCCCACAGCUUGGUUUGCUCUGAAGCUGGAGAAGAAGACUUCAAGCUAAACAUCAUGUCAUUAGAUGACCUGGCACCUGUUACCUUUGGGCUGACUGGGGAAACAACAGAAGAGGUGGAAACCAGACCCUCCAAACACAAAACCCCUGCUUCUGGAAGCCUGCCUGCAGAUCAGCAGCUCCCACGAGAGAAGGAGAAGAAGAAAAAGACAGAGGAAGAGGAGGAGCAGGAGCAGGAGGAGGUGCUGGACUAUCAGAGUGACUUUGAGAGCGAGAGCAGAACUGAGCCAGAUUACAGCGCCAGCCAGGUGUCAGAGCACCUGGGAGGAGACAGGGAGGAAGAGGAGGACAUCUCCCAGGUCAGGGAGGAGGAGUCGUGGUCGGACCUGUCCCGUGGGAGGACAGAGGACGAAUACUCCAGCAGCUUCUCAGAUGCAAGUCGCUCCUACACCACACGCACCUCGGACCGCAGCCAGACAUCCCAGUCUCUUAGCAGAAGAACACACUCCAGAUCCUCGGCGUUAGACGGUGACUGGUCUUCAUCUCACCGGUCGAGGAAGAGCCGUUCACCCCACAGGGCUUUGAGAGAGGCAGCGGUACAGACCCGGCCUGACCUGCUGGCCUACAGCUGGUCUGCAGGCAUGGCUACUUUGGGUCCUGCGGUGGGCGCGACCUACUCUGAUCCCACCCCUGUGGCCAGUCACACAGUCAGUGCAGAAACUGUGGAGGCUCUCAGCACCUACAGUCCAGCUGUGUUUGCCCUCAAUGACAUGUUGAGGCAGCAGCUGGCCCUGACCAGGCAGUUCAUCGAAAGCAGCAGGCGUCUCCACUCCCACAUGGUGCAGAGCCUGGGACCCGCAGACUACUCAUACACCACACUGGAGGACACCAAGGAGUUCAUCCGGAAGCACAAACCUCGCCAGCUGACGGUGGAGGAAGCCUUAGAGGAGGUGUUGCAGGAGAUGAGAGACUACCACUACAUCUGACCACCACUUUAUGACACAUGGAAAAGACGGUCUCCUGGUGUAUCCAUCCGUGCACAUCACGCAUGACAUAAACAGACGAGAGGGAGACUCAGCCGCAGAGGAAUGGCGUUUUGUGAAUGUGACGUCUGUGACAAAGAGCUGGUUUGACAUGGAUGAGAGUGAACCAGCCAGUUCUGCUGAUGGAGCAGGUUCAGAGCAGCAAUUAUCAGGCCUGUAGAAAUGUCCCUCAGAGGGCUGCUUUUAUUUUUAUAAUCUGAGCACAUUUCAAAGCCCACAGAGAACCAGAUUGUGCAGUCCAAAUCAAGACAUGUGUUGCCUUUGUGAAGGAAAUGAACUGCUUUGCUGUACAUGGAGUUACAUCAUGAUGCCAGUGUAGGUCAUGAUUUGAAGACGAUGAGAGCCUUCACCUUGUUGGGAAAGUAUUGCAGUGCAGCCAUAUUGUCAUGCUGAACUAUCAUUGUUACUCAUGAGCAAGUCAUGCAUUGGUAGAAAGGACCCAACAGGAGAUAUUGUGUAAAAAUGUGACACUUUAUCCUGAAAAAGGGUUAUUGGCUUAGAAAUAAAACGAACUGGAAAUUACAAAUUAA